AUGCUGGAGGAGCUCAAGGUGGAGACGGUGGUGGUCAGCGACUCGGACACGACCUGGCUGGGUGAUCCCAGUGCCUACCUGGCGUUGCACCCCUCUGCCGACUUCUACAUCUCCACUGACUGCCUGUCGCACAAGGUGGAGGUGGAGUGGAAGGCGCAGCACCUGCAGCCCCGGUGCGGUCACGUCCCGGGCAACUCGUGGGGGCGAGCCUUCAACACGGGGGUGUUUGCGGUGCGCAACCGCGAGCAGGGGCGCACGCUGCUGGCGCGGUGGCGGGACAUCUUGCUGGACCCAUCGGGCGGUACCGUCGUGACCAAGACCAAUGCCACGCUGGGCAUCACCGAUCAGCUCGCCCUCAACAUGAUCCUGGACAAAGCCAUACCCUCGGGCCCAGUGCAUGCCGCCCCCGAGGACGACCACGUCCUGCUGCUCACCUGGGCCGCCAACGACAGCCUGCGCCUGCACCCGCUGCCCGUCGCCCUCUUCCCCUCCGGCCACGUCGCCUUCGUGCAGCGGCUGCCCUGGAAGGCUGGCGUUGACCCUCUAGUGAUACACGCCACCUUCCAACGGUACCCAGUGAGCAUGCACCAGUCUGGCAAGCGCGCCAGGUUCAGGGAGUUUGGGAUGUGGUUCCUGGAUGGUCCCGAGUACUAUGCGCCGCCGGGGGCGCGCUAUCUGAGCUAUGACAACGAUGUGCGGCGGGUGGUGGACGAGGUGGCGGCCUCGCCCCGCUUCAAAGGCAUCAUGCCUGUCCUGCACAGGCACCUAGUGGGCACCGCCUACCAGCUGGCGCAGUUCAGGGACGCGCUGGCCGCGGCGCGCAUGCUCAACCGCACCCUGGUGCUGCCCACCUCGUGGUGCUGGUGCGACUACGACUGGACGCCGCACGUGCUGGAGAAGUGCAAGAUCAGGGGCAGCGACCUGCGGCUGCCGUUUGAGUGCCCCUCGGACUUUGUGCUGCACAUCCCGUACAUGGACAUGGCCGGGCUCGACUUCCGCAUGCCCGGCUUCCUGGACAACCCGCAGGUCCCUGAUGCGUUACGCCGGGGACGAGCCGAGGUACACAUGAUGUCGGCCAAGCCAGCCCUGCCUGCACCGGGAGUCGCAGUGCUUGCCGCCAGCAGGGAGCCGGUUGGCGUGCUGUGGCCGCGCAUGACGCAAGGGGAGCUGGUAGCAGCGCUGCAGCCUCUGAACCAGACUGCGGCGCUGACAAUCAGGGGCAUGCGGCCGGGGCUGCUGGAGGGUUUUGCCUCCGCGGAGCAGCAGGCGGCCUUUGACGCCUUGUACCGCAACGUGACAAAGGAGCUGUACUGGUGCUGCGCCGCCCAGUCAGAGGCGAUAAUGAACUCGUUCCCUUAUGCGUUGCCAAAGCCGUAUGGAGGUGCAGGCCUGCUGCUGCUGCUGCCGCCGCCGGCUACGCCGGCUGGGUACACGCCCUGGGAGGCGCCGGUGAUGCCCAUGCCAACUUACUGCGAUCGAGUGGAUGCCAAGACCAAGGAGUUUGUCAGCUACGAAAACCACCCUUGCUCCUUCAUGAGGAAUGAGACAGCAGCGGCAAUGGCAUCUGCGAUUAAUCGCAGAGCUAUCAGCUGA